AUGAGGAAAUCAGUAUUUAACCAUUUAUGCAAUGAUUUGGUUCUCAAUUAUGGCUUGAAAUCCACACGAGGUGUUAGUGGAGAAGAGAUGGUAGCAACAUUUUUAUACAUGCUUGGGCAAGGAGCUUCUUAUAGAAUAUUAGAGGAGCGAUUUCAGCAUUCAGGUGAAACUAUAUUUCGUCAAUUUCAUCAUGUUCUAUCAUGUGUGAAGAAAUUGGCAAAAAAUAUUAUUAGACCCAUUGAUUCUAAUUUUGGAGGCACGCCUAAAUAUAUUAUGGAUAAUGAUAGAUACUGGCCAUAUUUCAAAGAUUGUAUUGGAGCUAUAAAUGGUUCUGCACAUGAUACAAGAAUUUUUAUGGAGGCUCUUCGAACAAAAAAGCUAAAUUUUUCACAUCCACCAGAAGGUAAAUAUUACUUAGUUGAUGCUGGUUAUCCAACUUUUAAGGGAUUCUUAGAACCUUAUCGUCAUACAAGGUAUCAUAUUCCACAAUUUAGACUAGCACCAAAUUUUAGAUCAAACAAUGAAAAGUUCAACUAUUGUCAUUCAAGUUUAAGGACAGUAAUUGAAAGGACUUUUGGAGUAUGCAAAGCAAGAUGGAAGAUACUACAAAACAUGCCAUUAAGAGCCAAAUUUGAAACCCAGCGUGAUAUCAUCGUUGCAUGUUUCACUCUUCAUAAUUUUAUAAGAAUGAUGGAUUAUGAUGACAUAAGUAUUUUGCAAAAGUUUGAAGAUAUUGUUUCGUUACAAGUCAAUGAAGAUGACGGUACUACUGUAAUAAAUGGAUCAACAAAUUUUGAAAUUAAUGAAUGGGAAGAACCAACACAAGAAGAUGUUCGGGCAAUGGAAGAAAUAAGAGACAAUAUAAGAGAUCAAUCAUCGGAUCAAAUAAAUUAG